CAUCGCCGGCGUGUGCUCAGCUCUUCACGCCAUCCUUCCGACCAACUCCCCAGCUCGAUCUCGCCGUGCUCUCUCCGAGUCUCCGUUCUCUCUAGUCCCAACCAUCCUCAUCCCCUCUCCUACCCGCGUCGCACGCCAAUUCCAUUGCAGAAGGACGAGAACAAUGGUGAUCAAACCCUCAACCUCGCCGCCGACGCCGACGCCGACGACGACGCUGCUUGGAGCUCGGAGGAGCUCGAAGCCAUUUCAUCUCUCUUUGAGAGGAAACCCCCUCAGAAGCCAAUGAAACCAGUAAAGCAGCGACCUUUACCUCUCCCAUUACCCCGCCCCUCUCAAACCCCCUCGCCGAAGCACCAUGUGAGGCUCGCUGCAAGGUCAGUGCUUUCCUUUCGCUCGUUAAGCAGUGAUAGAGUGCGCAAGAACCCUGAAACUCUUGCUAGUAUAGCCAGAGAGAUUCAAUCUCUUCCAUGUGAUGUUCAUGCACAUCAGGUGCUCGACAAAUGGUCUCCAUCUCUGAGGAAAGGCUCAUUGUCACUAAUUGUUAGAGAAUUGGGUCAUAUGUGUCUUCCUGACAGAGCAUUGCAAGCAUUGUGCUGGGCUCAGGAUCACCGGCCGGAUUUUUUCCCCGAUGACCGGGUUCUAGCUUCGACGGUGGAAGUCUUAGCGAGGAGUGGCAAGUUAAAGAUUGAAGCUGAAAUGGAGAGGAAGUACUUGAAUUCUGCUAGCCGGAGUGUCGUCGAAGCAAUGGCUAGAGGUUUUAUUGCAGCGGAGAAUUUGCAUCGUGCACGGAGGCUGCUAUUACUUGCCAAAGACAAUAACCGAACACUCGAUACGAGCAUUCAUGCAAAGUUGAUAAUGGCUGCCGGAAAAACUCCCGAAGGAUAUAAGCUUGCAUUAGCAUUACUCGAAGAACUCGGCGAAAGAGAGGAUUUUGAUCUGAAACCACAGGAUUGUACUGGCAUUAUGAAAGUUUGCAUCAAGAUCGGAAAAUUCGAAGUGGUUGAGAAUCUUUUCAAGUGGUUCAAGGAUUCAGGACGAAGCCCGAACAUUGUAAUGUAUACGACAGUUAUUCACAGUCGGUAUCGGAAUGGACAGUACAGGGAAGGAAUGGCAUUGAUUUGGGAAAUGGAAGGAUUGAAUUUUGUUUUGGAUCUUGCGGCUUAUCGUGUUGUUAUCAAGCUGUGUGUUGUGCUGAAUGAUCUUGUGAGGGCUUUUAGAUAUUUAUCGAAAAUGAAGGAAGCCGGGUUUUCGCCUACUUAUGAUAUAUACCGUGAAAUGAUCAAUGCUUAUGCGCAUUCCGGGAGGAUUGCUAAGUGCAAGCAACUAUGCAAGGAAAUGAAAAUGGUUGGCAUGAAGUUGGAUAAAGAUACACUAAGACUUUUAUCACAAAUGGAAGUAGUUUAAGUUUAAUAAUCAUGUGAAAGAAUUCGGCUUUUCGCCUAAAAUGAUAUAUGCUGUGACAUGUUUAAUCAAUGGUUUGUGUAUGCACAUUCAGAAAUAAGAUAUGCAUGUGAAUGGAAAAUGAUUUGCAGAUACUUAUGACAUGUAAAGAAAUGAAGAUGGUUUGACAUGAAGUUGGAUAAACAUUAUUUCCUUUGUUUGGAAGUUUUUGUUGUUCAAUUGAUGAACAUGUAA